UUCAAAGCGUUGAUUUCACGUUCACUCUACAUUGGAUUUAUAAUGUUUAAUAAAAAGCCGCGCAGAAAUUUCAGGCAAAGGAAAAAUGAAUCCAGUGAUGAAGACGACAAUGAGAAACUCGCUGCUGGUGACGGUGGAAAAGAAGCGGAUUCAAAGGCAGAUUUACCUUCAAAAGCAGGGGUUUCAAGCAGUUCACGAGUAUCUCGAGAGUGUGACUCGAGUGAUGCAGAAGAAGAGGAGGCUUCAGUUUCUGCACUUCAGACCAAAGACAGAAAACUGCACACAGACAGCAAAACACUCAGCUUCUCUGAUGAUAAAGACUCCACAGAGGGAGGUUUUCAAGUGAAGCGUUCAGCCAACAGAGAAGUUUUGUUCCAAGCACGGAAAAAAGAGGAUUCUCCUGCACCAGUAACGUGUUCUCAAAAAGGGAAGAAGAGUAAGGAUGUCAGUCUCUCAGACAGUGAUUCUGAUGCAUCAGCUGAAGACAUUCCUCCUGACACUGAUGAAGAAACCUCUUCCACCAUGUCAAGUUCAUCCGCUUCUUCAUUACCACAACGAGUCAUCAUUCCUGAUGCCAGAAAGAUUCAUGCUGCCAAAGAAAAAAGGAGACAAGCCAGAGCCCAGCAAGAUUACAUCUCUCUGGAUUCACCUCGAACUCCUGGAAGCUUGAAGGAGGAUGAGCCGAGCGAUGAAGAACAAGACAGCGACAAUGAUCUGGACGAUCACGAGCGCAGAAUUGAGUUUGCACCCAAACCCAAAACUCUAAGAGAGAGAAUGGCUGAGAAGAUGGGGAGUGAUAGUGAGGAGAGCUUUACUGAUAGCCAGGAGGAGGAAGAGCAGCAGAUGUGGGAAGAACAACAAAUUGGAAAAGGAGUCAAAAGGCACCAAUGUUUCAAAGACCUUUCCUUGUAUUCUCAGAAGGAAUGGGAUGCUCCAAAAGCAGCCCGACAGAAGAAAGUGGAAAUCCCAGAAGCGCUUCCAGUAGUCAGUAUUGGCGUCAUUAAGAAGAGAAUCACUGGAAAAUUGGAUUCGCUGAGGGAGGUGCACAGGGCACGGGAGGCGGAGCUGAGGAGGAUGCAGCUGGAUGUGGAAAUGGCCAAAAGCACUUUAGAGGGCCUCGAAAACAACAAUGCAGAUGAGCAGCUUCGGUUUUACCGUACCAUGAACGCAUUCUCACAGAACCUGCUGGAAUGCCUGUCUGAGAAGAUGGCUUUAAUAAACUCUGUUGAGCUGGACAUGCACGGUCUCUAUAUUGACCAGGCGGAGGCGCUGUUGAGUCAGAGAAGAGAGGCAUUACAGGAGGAGUCCUCACAGAUUCAGAAGUUAACUUAUAACACUGAUUCACACAGCAAUGGUGACACAACCGAAGACUGCAGCCCUACUCAGCAGAGCUUGUCUGAAGAUGACAUUGGGUGUGUGCCGUGUGACUGGGAACCAACGGUCGAGCAGAAGGAGGAGAUUGAAAGUAAAAGAGAUACUCUGCUGAAAAGGGCACAGGAAGUGUUUGCGGAUGUUCAAAAUGAGUUCUGGGAUGUAAAGAAAAUCCUCUCCAGAUUUGAUGAGUGGCGCAUCUCCUUUAAAGACUCUUACAAUAAUGCCUACAUUGGGCUGUGUCUCCCAAAACUCCUGGCACCCUUGAUCCGACACCAGCUCAUUGGCUGGAACCCUCUACAGGCAGAAAGUGAGGACUUUGAGGCAUUGCCGUGGUAUUGUGCUGUUGAAAGGUUCUGUCACGGUCAGGGCUAUGAGGAAUCAGAGAACAUGGACAAGACCACACUGCCCACCAUAAUUGAGAAGACCAUCCUCUCUAAAGUUCAAGGUUUUGUGGAGCUGGUCUGGGACCCUCUUUCUGCCCAGCAGACUCGAACCUUGACAACACUGUGCAGGAGAAUACAAGACGAUUAUUCUGUGUUUGUUGGCGAACAAAGCAAACCUGUCAAGGCCUUUGUGGAAGCAGUCAUUCAGAGAUUGAGGACUGCGGUAGACGAUGAUGUCUUUGUCCCACUGUACCCCAAAAAGUUUUUAGAGGAUAAGCGGUCCCCGCAGUUCCAGUUUCAGAACAAACAGUUUUGGUCAGCAGUGAAGUUGCUAGGUAACAUGGCAUUAUGGGAUGGUUUGAUUCCUGAGCAAAUUCUUAAAGAGCUGAUGUUGGAGAAACUUCUGGGCCGUUAUUUGAUGAUAACUGUUCUUAACGAAUCUGAUGCAAAACACACCGUCCAGAAAUGCAAGAAGAUUGCAGAUUGUUUUCCAAAAUCAUGGUUUAUAGAUGCAAAUGCUGGAUCAUCACUACCUCAGCUGCAAAACUUCAGCAAACAUCUUCUUCAAACCGCACAUCUGAUAUUCAAGGACCACAAGGACUCCAGAGGACUUUUAUCUGACGUGCUGUUUGUUCUCAAGAACAUCAAGGCGCAUGACAGUAUUAAGACUAUCACAGAAAAAUAUCAUUGCAAAGACCUGCUAAAAGCUCUCCAGUAGCAGGCGUCUUGUGUCGAUGUGUUUUUAUACAGUAUGUUUUAGAAAGCCACUUUGAUAUGUGUAUGUAUAUUGAAUAAAAUGUUUUAUUUUGGUGCA